UCCAAUUCCUAUUUGCAUUUCCUACCUAACCGCGGAAAUCAGAUAGUCGAUACACUUUGCAUUUCGUAACUUUCCUGAGCAAUCAGAGCCGUUGAUUUCCGAACACGAACUGUCCUUCGACGAUGGAAUCGAAGGCAGAUGAUCGCCGGUGCAAGCGCAACGAUGGUCAAAAGUGGCGGUGCAGGGAAACGGCGUCGUCGGGGAAGUCGUACUGUGAAAAGCACUUGGCGCAGCUCAAGAGUAAGACUAAGAAUAAGAACAUUCAGAGAGAAAGAUCCAACGGAGACAGCGAUGCCGAUAAUCCUAAGAAGAGCUCUGAAAAGCACUUGGCGCAGCUCAAGAAUAAGACUAGGAAUAAGAAAAUUCAGAGAGAAAGAUCAGACGGAGACAGCGGUUCCGAUAAUCCUGUGAAGAAUUGCAAAUUAAAGGAGGAGAAGCCUAACAAGAAGACGGAGCAGCGUGUGAGCUUGAUGUGCCACCAGUGUCAGCGGAACGACAAGAGUGGUGUUGUCCACUGUUCCAAUUGUAAGAUAAAGCGAUUUUGCUUCGAGUGCAUUGAAAGAUGGUACCCUGGGAAGACAAGAGAGGAAAUAGCGAAGAGUUGCCCAUUUUGCUGUUGCAACUGCAACUGCAAAGAUUGCUUGCGCCAGUUUAUUAAGAAACCUUGCAACAUAAAGGUUGAGCCCAGUGUCAAAUUACAGCGGCUGAAGUACUUGCUAUAUGAAGCUUUACCUGUUCUGAGGCAUAUUCAUACUGAGCAGAGCUUUGAACUAGAGAUUGAAGCCAAAAUACGAGGUGUUCAGUUAAGUGAAAUGGACAUAACGAGAACUAAAAUAGAUCAAAGUGAACGUAUGUAUUGCGACAAUUGCUAUACAUCUAUUGUUGAUUUCCACAGAAGCUGCCCCAACGUCCAUUGUUCCUACGAUCUCUGUCUUACUUGUUGCCAAGAGCUAAGGAAAGGCUACCAACCUGGAGGUAGUGAAGCAGAAACAUCUCACCAACAAUCAGUGGAAAGAGCUCAGAAACAAGUGACUAAAAGCGAGGACAAUACUAAUUUGAAAAGGAAAAGACAUGGCUGGGAGAGCCAAAUUACCCUUGCUGCUGAUGAUUCUAAAACUGAUGUGACUCUUUCUUUUCCUAACUGGAGAGCUAAUCCUGAUGGGAGCAUUCCAUGUCCUCCAAAAGAAUGUGGAGGUUGUGGCAAGGUAAAGCUGGAAUUGAGGCGCAAAUGUAAAGCUAAUUGGGUAACAAAGCUGUUAAAAAGUGCGGAGGAUGUUACUAGUGACUUCAAGAAGCAAGAUGUCGAUAUGUCUCAACGAUGCUCCUGGUGCCAGCCAAAUGAUUCCGAGGAAGAUAAUAACCUACAGUCUGAAGUGAGGCAGGCGGCAUUCAGGAAAAACAGUGAUGAUAACUUCUUAUACUGUCCAAGUGCUGUUGACAUUGCAGAUGAUGAAAUUGAGCAUUUUCAGAGGCAUUGGAUGAAUGGGGAACCUGUGAUAGUCAGAAAUGUUCUUGACAAGACAUCUGGUCUUAGUUGGGAACCUAUGGUCAUGUGGAGGGCUUUUAGAGAAACGGGUGCCAAGGUAAAGUUUAAGGAGGAGACACGAAGUGUGAAGGCCAUUGACUGCUGGGAUUGGUGUGAGGUUGAAAUUAAUAUUCACCAAUUUUUCACGGGCUACUUAGAGGGUCGUGUACAUAAAAGUGGGUGGCCAGAGAUGUUGAAAUUGAAGGAUUGGCCCUCAUCAACUUUAUUUGAGGAGCGACUGCCAAGGCAUUGUGCUGAAUUUAUCGCAGCACUCCCCUACAGUGACUAUACUGAUCCAAAAGAUUCAGGCAUAGGUUGUCUCAAUCUUGCUACAAAACUUCCUGUUGAUUCAUUGAAACCUGAUAUGGGACCGAAAACAUACAUUGCCUAUGGAUUUUCUGAAGAGCUUGGUAGAGGCGAUUCAGUAACGAAGUUACACUGUGAUAUGUCUGAUGCGGUAAACGUUCUUACUCACACAACAAGAGUGAAGAUCGCUCCUUGGCAGCAGAAAAAAAUAGAAGGUUUGCAAAGCAAGCAUGAAGCUGAAGACUUGUGUGAACUCUACAAUGAAAGAGAUGACGACAAUGGGAGAGUUAGAGGAAAAUCGUUGAAGAAAACUCACAAACUGCAGAUCCUGAGUGCUGAUUCUGGGGAAUGUACUAAAAAUGAGAACAUUGUGGAGAGUGACCAUCUAAUGCCAGAACAGGAACAGUUGUCAGAUUCCGUGGAUCUAGGCGGCAUUGUCGGACAUGAAGAAACAGAGUAUGUUUCGGAAUCUCCUGAUACUCCGAGUCUUGAUCAUCAGAGGAGUGAACGGAUGCAAUCCACCUUGCCUCAUACAAAUGAGGUUGAAGCAGAGCAAGAACAUGUUCAAUGUUCCACCGACAUCAUGAUUGGGAGGCUUGGUGGGAAAGAUGCUUCAGGGUUUUGUUUCUCAGGCAAUAAUGCAGUUGAUGAUAUAAAAAAGUCAAACGUGAGGCAAACAAAGGAUUCUCUUGAAAGUAAUGAUGGGUUAGAUGCUGCCCAUGGCGGUGCUGUUUGGGACAUCUUUCGCAACCAGGAUGUUCCCAAGUUAAUAAAGUACUUGGAAAAACACAAGAAAGAGUUUCGCCACAUUAAUAAUCAUCCUGUAGAUUCUGUUGUUCAUCCUAUUCAUGAUCAGACUCUUUACUUAAAUGAGAGACAUAAGAAACAACUAAAGGAGGAGUUCAAUGUGGAGCCUUGGACAUUUAUGCAAUACCUUGGUGAGGCAGUUUUUAUUCCCGCAGGAUGUCCUCAUCAAGUGAGAAAUACACAAUCUUGCAUAAAGGUAGCACUUGAUUUUGUAUCUCCUGAGAGUCUUGAAGAAUGUCUUCGAUUGACUGAAGAGUUCCGUUUGCUCCCAAAAAACCAUAGAGCCAAGGAAGACAAAUUGGAGGUGAAAAAGAUGACACUUUAUGCUGUAAGUUCAGCUCUAAGAGAAGCCGAAAGUUUGAUGUCAAAGCUCGAGUGGAGGAUGAGGUUGUACAUUUAUGUUUCUCUAUGCCUGCAUUUUUUCGACGUGUUUACACGUUGUAGGAUGGAGCUGCACGUAAGGGACUAUGUGAAUGAGGGCGUUGGUUUUGCACACAUUGUUGGCCCACUCCCUAACAGUUUAAGCUUUUGGGGUUUAGUGGUUGCCCAACAUACUAGUAGCCAGACAAUUGUUUGGUUAUGCUGUGUGCCUAUUGAAGUCAAUCUUGAAGGAGUUGCAGCUUUGUGGAGACUUCAUUGACAAUGUUGGGGCUGCUCCAUGAACAACCUUGGUUGUGAAACCCCCAACAAUCAAUGAAGACAAGAAAAAUUUUCAAAAGCAAAAGUGGAAAGUAUCGACAGUAGAUAUGAAUGGAAGCAUAUGGUGGCAAUCACACAAAUACAAUGAAAACGUUGUAUGGCAAGCAUGCUGAUAACUUCCCCCGUUACAUCCAACCCAUUGAAAAUUGAAGAGGAGGAGUAACCAGUUGGGCAAGAACUACAAAGCUUCUAAUCUACUUUUGUAUGUUCUCGUUAAAAAUAACAGGAUUUUAUGUAUUCACAGAAGGCGUCGUGUAUAAGGCUUUGCUAAUUGCAUACUUGCAAAAACAACUUAGUUACUAGCUGUUACACCCUUCGCUCUCCUAUCCCUAAAGUUUAUCUUUUGGUGUGACUUUGACACUAAUUGUUGUCAUGUGGGUUAUUUUUUACCUUAAAUCUUGAAGGUUAUAUUUUUCUCCAGAAAA